AUGUUGGCGUGUUCAAACGCGCCCAAUCAGAACGAGCCACCCAUGCGCCCGGCUCUGCUUCUCGCGCUGGUCCUCGCCGUCGCCUCCCGCGCGCUCGCGGGUGGCGCCGGCGGGGAGUUCGCCGUGGACGUCCGCGGCGACGGCGAACCGCUCCACGACGCCGCGUUCGACGCCGAGGGCGGCGGCGGAACCGCGAGCGAACCCGCGGGCGACAUCGACGAUGAUUCGCAAGCGUGGACGUCGGAGGUUGAGGUGACGGAGGAGGAGGGCUUGGACCACGCCGACGUCGCGUCCGCGUCGCAGCGGCGCGCGGCGGAGGCCGAGGCCCUCGAGGCCGAGGCCCUCGCCGCGGCGUGGGCCGCGGACGCCGAUCCCGAACCCGAACCCCGCGCGCCCGACCCGCUCGACGAGGAGAGACGGCGAAAGCUCGUUCAGGCUGAGGAUGCGCAGUGGGCGCGCGAGCGCCGGGCGUACGCGGACGUGGACAGGAUAAGCGCCCAGCUCGACGCUCUGGGCGCGGGCGACUACGACGCGAAGACCCGCGCGAAGCGACAGGGGCUGCAGGCGAGGCUCACCGCGGCGAGGACCGUGGUCGCGCAGUUGGAGGAGCGAGGCGCGAGGUUACGAGCCGGGGAGCUGUGA